AUGAGCCAAACGAUUCAAGUCUUUAAUCAGCAGCCCGGAAUGCCUCCACAACCGCCGGCAGCUCCCGUUGAAUGGAUGCAAACCCCGCCAGCAAUGCCGAAUUGCCCGCGCGGACUCGAGUAUCUCACGCAAGUCGACAAAAUUGUGAUACAACAAAAAAAGAGCAUUCUUGAAGCGGUGACUAAUUGGGAUGUAAAGAAUAGCUAUGUAUUGAUGAAUUCGAUUGGAGAACAGGUAUACUAUGCGCUAGAAGAGUCGGAUUGUUGCACUCGGCAGUGCUGUGCUCAGGAUCGAGACUUCACCAUGCACAUCACGGAUCAUUUUCAGAAUGAAGUGCUCACAAUAAAGCGUCCUUUCAAAUGUUGUAUCUAUUCGUGUUUCGCUGGAUUGAAAAUUUGCGGUCAUGAGGCAUGGAUUGAGCUUUCAACAAGGGAAAAGAUCAGAAAUGUCGAUGGUCAGCCAUGUGGAGCGAUUCGAAAGAAAUGGGGUGGAUUGGUGAAAGAAACGCUCACCCAGGCGGACACAUUUUCUGUUGAAUUCCCAAUUGAUCUCGACGUGAAGUGUAAAGCGGCGCUUCUCGGAGCCACCUUUUUGAUUGAUUUUCUCCAAUUCGAAGAAAAAAGUGGGAACGCGCAGAACUCGAGCUCGAUUGUUUGCUGCGAUGGAAUGGAUUUUUGUUUGAGUAGUGACUGUUGUUGUGAU